AUGGCUCCACCAGCAUUACGUCCGGAGAAUGCUCUUAAAAGGGCUGAUGAUUUAAUCUCAGUUGGUCAGCGCUCAGCCGCUUUGCAAUCAUUGUAUGAGUAUUUGACGGCAAGAAGAAUCAGAUGGGCACAGCCAUCUGCUGUUGAACCCAUUGUUUUUAGAUUUCUCGAACUGGGAGUGGAAUUAAGGAAGGGUAGACUUAUAAAGGAUGCCUUGCAUCAAUACAAGAAAUUAGUUCAAGGUACCCCAGAGGGUUUAGUUUCUGUCGGGGCAGUUGCCCGUAAAUAUAUUGACUGUGUUGAAGAGAAAAUAGCUUCCGAACAAGCCAAAGCUGAGGAGCUGCAAAAGCAGGACGAGGACGAUGAUUUGGAUGGGGGUGUUACUCCUGAUAAUUUAUUGAUCUCUGUAUAUGAGAAGGAUCAAUCUGUCGGUGGUUUUAAUGACGAAGCCGUCACCACCUGGAUGAAAUUCACAUGGGAGUCCUAUCGUGCCGUUUUGGAUUUGGUUAGAAAUAAUUCCCACCUGGAAAUUACCUAUUCCGGUGUUGUUAGUAGAUCGAUGCAAUUCUGUUUGAAAUAUAAACGUAAAAAUGAAUUUAAGAGACUUGCGGAAAUGCUGCGUCAACAUUUGGAUGCCGCAAACUACCAGCAAAGUAAAAGUGGUAAUAACAUUGUCGACUUGAGUGAUGAUUCCACACUGCAACGUUAUUUAGAGCAACGUUUCCAUCUGGUUAACGUUUGUGUGAAAUUGGAGUUGUGGCACGAAGCUUUCAAAUCAAUUGAAGAUGUCUAUCACUUAUCCAAAAUGUCCAAAAAUCCUCCAAAGCCAUCAACUCUGGCUAACUACUAUGAUAACCUAGCCAAGGUUUUCUUCGUUUCCAACAACCAAGCUUUGCAUACUGCGGCCUGGGAGAAGUUUUACAGGCUGUACACCACCAACAAAAAUGCAACUGAGGAAAGUUUACAACAUUAUGCAUCUUUGAUUAUGUUGUCAGCUUUAGCAAUUCAGCCCGACUAUUUGCCUACGGUCGGAUAUGAUCCUCACGCUCGUUUGAACCGUUUCUUGGGGUAUGAACGCAAACCAACAAGAGAUGAAACAAUCGAAAGUGCUCUAAAAGAAGACGUUUUUCCUAAGGUUGAUAAAGAUAUCAAAAAGCUUUAUGAGAUCCUUGAAUCCAAGUAUAAUUCAGAAACCCUCAAAGAUGAGCUUAAAAUACUGUUACCUCGUCUAGAAUCAAAAUCUUACUUUUCACAAUAUGCUACUCAAUUAAGAGAUAUGAUUGUCAGAAAAACUUUCGUCAGUGCUUCUCAAAAUAAUUCCGUUAUUAAGACCGAUGAAUUGUAUGCAUUGGCAUCCUUACCGGCCCCAUUAGAUAUGUCUUAUUGGGACAUGGAGAAGGCAUUAUUACAGGCUGCAGUUGACGAUAAUGUUUCUUUUAUUAUUGAUCAUGAGUCUAACACUGUUAACUUUGUUAAGGACCCAUUUGAGGUCUUUACUUCCAUUGAAAUCUCGGUGGAUGGAGAGGAAAUUGAAAAUGAGGAAGUUGACGGAGAAUCAGAUCAAGAAGAAGAAAUUGAAGCUGGUUCUAAAGAAGAAGAAACUCUUGAGUCAGAAGAACCAGAGGCUGAACCUGUGACUACUCGUAACAAUUACAUUCGUAAUAAAUUGGCCGAGCUAUCGAAGGAACUCAAUGAGAAUGGUGAUUUCCAACAAGCAUCUUAUCUGGAAAAGAUCAAGCUUGCUCGUGAAAGUCUGAUCUUCAAAACACAGGCAAUUAUUGAAAAUACUAGGAGAAUCGCUGAAGAGCGCGCUAAAAAGUCACAAGAGCAAAGACAGAAGUACAUGGCUAACGCUGCUGCUAAUGCCGAGCAAGAUUCUGAGUCUAGACAAAAACGUAUCAUGGAGGAAAGAGCUGCUAUUGAGGCUAGAAUGGAGGAAGAAGCUCAACGCCGUCUAGUUGAGAAGAAAAAGCGUGAAUUGAACGCCUUGAAAGAGGCCGAGGUGAGAAAAUUCAUUGAGGAGGUUAAUGCCAAAGGUCAAAUUUAUAUUGAUCCAACAGAGGCCAAGACUUUGGAAAUUAAAGACGUUAGAAAACUGAUUGUUGGUCAAUUGUCAAAAGAUCAACUAGAGUUAAAUGAUCGCAUGGAUUUCGCCUUAAAGAAAUUAGAUCAUACAGAAAGAGCAUUAAGAAAAGUUGAAUUACCUUUGUUGAAAAAGGAAGCAGAUGCCUUAAAGGACGCCGACAUGAAGGAAUUUGAAAAGACAAAAGCCAAGAUUAUAAAUACUGCUAAAGAAGACCACGAUGCUAGAUUGGCUGAUCACGAGCGUUUAUCUAGAGCAUUCAAUGACUAUAAAAAACUAAAGGAUCAAAUAAUUGCAAAAACUGAGGAAGAAGUCUCCAAAUUACGUGCCGAAAAGCAAGCCGAGUUUGAAGCAGCUAAAAAGGCAAGAAUCGAAAGGGUUCGUCAAGAACGUUAUGAGGAAUUAGUUGCUCAACGUAAGGAAGAGUUGGAAGCUAAGGAAAGGGAAGAACGCGAAAUUAAACAGGCUGAAAUCCAAAGAAAACAAGAUGAAAAUGCUCGUAAACAAAGAGAAAUGGAAACGGCGGCAGCUGAGAAACAGGCUGAAUUAAACAGAAAGCAAGAUGCCGUUGCCAUGAGGCAAAGAGAGAUCGAAGAAGCUGCAGCUAAAAAGCAAGGAAAAUCUUCUGAACCUUCCAGAUCUUUCAUCAAGCCAUUUGGUAACCAAAAAUCUCGAGACGAGUUGGACGCUAUUGCUCGUAGACAAAGAGAGAUGGAGGAAGCUGCAGCUAACAAGCAAGACAGAUCUUCUGGAACAUCAAUGUCGUCUGGUAGACCAUUUGGUAACCAAAAAUCUCGAGACGAGUUGGACGCUAUUGCUCGCAGACAAAGAGAAAUAGAGGAAGCUGCAGAAAAGAAACAAGCGGGUAGAACAGCAACGAAUACAUCAAGUGGUGCUCCAAAGCAAAUGACUUAUACUGAGAGAAUGAGACAAAAAAGAGAAGGCAAAUUACAGUGA